GGAAGGGGGAAAGAGACCAAAGACAGCGGAUAGAGUCUGUGUUAAUGGAAAAGGUAGGCAGAGAUUCAUGGAAAAAGAGGAGGAAGCUCUCUGUGUCUCAGGAGUCCUCCUGUUCCUCUUCUGCUUCUCCUUCCUUCUGUGAGGCUGCAGGACAUCAUCCAUCACCAUGUUCUCUGACAGCAGGGCUCCAGCGGCUGGGGAGCAGAAAGGCUUCAAGCCUCACGCCCCUCACUUCAUCCCCUGGCUGCGCAAUAGCCUGAAGCCCCACCACAGCAGUGACCUGGGGCUCAACGGACCGUACAAAUCCAGCUCCGAGGCCCGCAACAACCUGGCCCCGCUGGAGAGAGCCAAGGGGAUCGGGUUCUUCUCCAUUCAGGGAAAGGACCGGGCGAAGAAGGGGGAGCUUCGGUGUAAUGGCGUGGGGAUGGCGAGAAUGCUGCCAGUGGUGCUGAGGGGGCACCACAUCCUGCCGGGCACUCUGGGGAAGCAGAGGGAGGACAGUCCUGCCAGGUGGAACCAGUCUCCCGAGCUGCACCCAGACUCCAACACGCAGACCAGUCCGGAGGACGGGACGCAGGGUCUGAGCAGCAGCUCCACAUCUGCCCAGGACAAUCACACCUUAGUUAGGAACCACAGCAGCCACCUGAGCCUCGUUCAGUCACAGACAAGCACCACAGUCAGGAAAUAUGGGCCACUAGUGGGACCCCCUCCUGCUCCUGUUCCCGAGGAGCUAAACUGUAAGGUGCCUGUUGUGGUGGACAUGGAGGACAGGAGGGGGAAGGUAUGGGACUACGCCAGCAGCUACCGCCAAAGAGACUUCCAUUCAUCCAGCUGGCAGAGCUCAGACACUCGGGGACUAACAGAGAGGCAGCAUGGCUUCACCUCCAGCUUCAGCUACAUCAAACAACAGAGCAGGAACUCCCAGAGCCAGAGAGACCUGACAGCACUGAGGGAACCACCUGUGGAGGGUUUCAACGGGCCCCUCAAUGGAGUCAUCUUCUCCACCGAGGUUCCCCAGGCUGGCCUGGGCUGCACCACAACUCUACGAGGCCCCAGGAAACCUAGACCCAGCUUGGAAAGAGUCGGGAUCCUGGGCCAGAACCAGACAUGGGUCAAAUACAGGCCGACCAAUGAAGGGGAGCCACAGAGGAAGGAAGAAGGCUGCAGCAGGAAGGUGGUUCGAAACCAGAUUAAACGAGUGGUGGACAACCUGGAGCAAGUUCUUAGAGCGCUGAGGGACGUUCACCAGGAAAUGAAAGAGGUGGUGCAGCAGAUUGACUAUCUAACCUCAUCCAUUGAUCUGAAUGAGGAGGAGGAGCACAGGACUGCAGGAGGCGAUAGUGCCAAGCCUCUCAAUGACAGCAGCUCCAGUUCAGGUUCCAGCUCCAGCGAGGUGACGAUAGGCAGCAUCCAUCAGAGGCCCUCAGAGCCUGAAGAGCAGCCAAGAACCACAGAGUCAUCUGGCACCCUCAGGAGAGACCAUCAUAGCAGGAGCCAGUCCCCAUCAAAUGCGCUGCUGUGCCCAGUAACCUCUGGGCUUUCAUCAGAGAGGAGUCGAAAUCUUCGGUUCACUUCCAGUCUGGGGUCUUAUCCCCGACAAGGUGGGCCACUGCAGCACAACAAUAACGUUCCUUCAUCCAAUCCCCCUCAACUUCAAAACCCCAACUCCCAUGACCUCACUUUGUCUCCACAAAGAAGCCUCCCUGUUCGGCCUCCAACUCCCGGUCUCUCCCCUCUAACAGUGAACUUCCAUCACCCCAACAGCCCUGGUUCUCGGCCUCACUCCCCUGGGCCUUCCUCCUUCCUCAGGAUCAGCCCUGUCUCCCCUCCCUCCCCUUUGUCUCCAAAGCCUCAGCCACCCCCCACCCUUAGCCCUUCUGUCAUCGUAGAGAACAAAAUCGGGUCUUAUCAGACCGCACAAAGUGACCACCCAUCUGCUGGUCAGCUCUCUUCAUCAUCGACUCAGCCUCCGUCUGCCAGCUGCCCACCCACCGACUCAGAAACUCAAACAGCGUCUAACAAUGACAGAGAGCUACGAGCAUCCUCAGCAGGGCCCACACACAGACCUUCACAGGUGUGCACCGCCACUGCAGCCACAGCUAAACCACCAACAGCACAAGGCCGCAGGGGUCGCAAGCCUCCUCCAUACCCCCACCACAGACCCUCUGAGCACACAAAGAAAGUGAAGGAGCCCCGCAAAGCGCCUCCGUACCCUGAGAAAAGAAGGCUCCUCUCGACCACAGUGUGAGACAGUGCAGCAGGUGGGGGAGGCUGAUCGAACAGAGCCAUAUUCACAGCACCAGCCACGAGUCCGCAAGAGUGGAGAGUGAUUUAACGCUCGCCAAAUUGAGCUGAGACCAAGUUUCCAAGGUGACAAGACGCAGACACAACUUGGGCAUCCGGACGUGGUUAUUUCCUGUUCUGACCCCAGAGGGACCCUUGACGGCGACACAGACAGAGCAUUUCCUCGACUCCGGAGGAUCACCUCUAGACAGACGAGAGAAUCCAAACCCGGAUCAAACAAGGUACGAACCUCAGCGAGUAAUCCAACCUCAGAAUCAAAUCAGCAAAAAUCCUCAAAUCUGAAAUCAAUCCCCAGAACUCAUCUUCUGGAACUCCUAUGUGGAGUUGGAUCAAUGUAAGGAAGAUUAAGGCGAUCCUGCUCUUGCUACAGAGGGUUGCCGAGAGAGGAGGGGAACCUGUAAUCAUGACGAUGUACUUCUGAAACCGGCACAACAUCCUUGCUGAUCCACACGUGUAGCACCGAAGGAUGAAAGCAAAAGGUUCAAGAAGGGCUCAGGAAUAUGCGAUGGUGUAUCUCUGCUGUAUAUACAAUCAUCCAAAUAUCUAUACAUGCCUUAUAUUUUGGCAUUUCUGGGUUCAACCUCGAACAAAGUAAUUGCGGACUGAAAUAUCCUGAAAUUAGAAGCAAGUGUGUUAGAAAUAAGAA